UCGCUUUUAGUUGAAGUAUGUCCGAAGUGUGAUGAUCUCGUCCGGUUUAUAUCAAUACGCAGUUUUUGCAUGAAUUUUGUCCGGUUAGUUCAUACAGCGGUUGAAAUGUACACAUGUAGUGUUGGAUGGCCGGCUCACGCAUCAGUGGAGCCGCUAGAUUUCAUCCGGCCAGUUGCUGCAUGAAUUUUGUCUGACUAGUCUUUACUAUCCGCGGAUGGAUGCCAAAACAAAUUUGCGGGUUAACAUUGGAGAUGCCAAGAGUCAGGUAGCGCAAAUCAUUGGUAGUGCCACUGGUCAGAAGUCAAAGAUUAGCGCCAGGUCAUGUUUGCCAACGUAUCUUCAGAUUCCGUAUAAAACUACUUUACGUACUGAAUAGUGGGCAACUCGGAACAUGUUACUUGAGAGCCGAUCUACCAAUAUUUUGCAGCUAGCAGAUGUUGACUCCUCGAUAGACGGUAGCUCGUAGUCAACGGUCGAUAAUCACUCUUAGUUAAGAGCUCAGCUAAUCCACAAUAUAUACACUGUCUAACCUCGCCAGAUCAGAGCACCAUCCUCCCGUUAAUCGAACCCAAAUACAGUAGUACUUGUCUUUCUCCGGCCAUGGCCACCGCCUCGGUCCUCAUCCUGCUCGCAUCGCUCCUCCCGGCGCUAGCCGCCGGAACCGAUUGCUGCUCGCCCGCCGCUGACUACGGCUUGGCCCUCACGCCCAGUCACGAGUGCGGCGUCGUCAUGCGCGGGGGCACCUACGACAUGGGCACGUACGCUCCGGGCAGCGCGUACGAGGCCUCCCUGCGCCAUCUCGUCACCACCAUUCCCGCCAAGGCGAACGCGGAAUCCAGCGGCUCCUGUUAUUACAGGGACUCCUACCGCGACGACGCCGGCGCGGACGGGCGCUUUUACGUCGACGACGCCGGCGCGUGCGGGCGCUCUUACGUCGACGACGCCGGCGAGAGCCCCAACCGGAUUGUGGCCUCCGCCGACUGCUCAUGGCACCCGGAUGCCAAGUCGCCGGACUGCGGCGCUUGCAUCGCGCUGGCCUUCCAGGAGGCGCAGAGGCUGUGCCCGUUCCAGAGGAUGGCCGAGGCCGCGGUUGACGGCGGCUCGUGCAACUGCAGCGCACACUUCCACGACUACGACAUCAUGGAGCAGUUCCAUCACGGUGAUCCUCGGUGGGCACCGGACCAGGUCAUGGGCAUUGUUGCAGAAAAUGAGGAGAACAACACGAGAAUGAGAUGGGCAUGCCGUAUCUUGGAGACAACAGUCAUGGAGAUCUUAGCAAACCUUGGGUGGAUAUCUAGUAGGAGAAUUUGUGCCUAGUUUUCUCUACAUGAUCAUGAACAAUCUGUGUUCUAUUUGGGCCAUUUAUUGGUUCUAUUAAAUCAGCUGGAGGCUGGAACUA